AUGGAUGCACACCACAUGGCUACGUACAACGGUAAUACGGAAAGCAGCUUUGCAAUGGGUGAAGCACAACAGGCAAGCCGAAAUGUCAAGCACCAGAGAGAUGAGACCGAUCGUCUGAAUGAGCGGAUCACGUUCUUAGAGCGAGAACACGGCCGAUUGCAGGAAGAGAUAACCGGAAAGGAUGAGGAGCUCACCAUCUACUACAGUCACGUUGCCAGACUGCAGAAGAGGCUAAAUCAUGCCAACCAGGCUCUAGAGCAAACGCGAGCUCAACUCGACGAAGCUAAUACUGCCACCAAGUUGGCAGACACGACUCUAGAGCAAAUGCGAGCUCAGUAUGAUGAAAUGAAAAGUGCUGAAAAAACUUCAUCCGAAGAUUUCGAGAAACUGCGAGCUCAACGAGAUGAAGCCGUUGCUGCCAAAGAGCUGGCAGACGAGGCUCUCCAACACAUACGAGUUCAACAUGACAAGCUCACUAAUGCCACUAUAUCGACUGACAAGGCUCUCGAGAAAGUGCGAGCUGAAUGUCGUUAUAUCAACAGUGCCAACCAACUGGCAGCCUCGUCGGUUGAGGGACUGAUGACCCAAUGCGACGCCAUUCUAAAUCAUUUGCGGAAUGGAUACGUAGAGGGGCAGAGCCAGGAUGCUCCUGUGAUGUUGUCUAGCAACCAAGUACUCAAUGUCCCAGGAGAAGAAGAUUUUGAGAAAGCAAAGACACUUCAGCCCAAUCAAAUAGAUGUUGGGACCUUCAAAAAGCAACUUCCUGAACAAGCAAUCUCAGGCAAUUACAGAAUGGACCCUCGCGUUGCUCCUUUCACACCAUCUAAUUGGUUGAUAGGAAGUAUGAACGCUGAGACAGCACCAUCAACGCCUCUCCCUUGCAAGCCAAGCGAGCGAAGUGUCAGUUUUGAGUCUCAGUUAUCGUUGUCGAACCAAGCCACACCGUUCAAACCUGUUGGAAAGGUAAAAACAUCGAACGAUUCGGAGACACAUGAUAGCGAGAGCGGAGCUGCGGUGUCUGGUAUGGCCGAGGACCAGGUAAUGCAGAACUCGCCCAAAGCAUUACCACCUCAUCUUCGCAAGACGAAGGUCUCUGCGAAUCCAGUUCAUCAAGCCGAACCCCCUUCGGCAAAACCGACAGACGUUGAAAGCCAAACGCCUGAAGUCUCUAAGGGAGAGGCACAUCCAGACGUCGAAAAGAGUGGACCGACAGCUGAUGCCGAAUCCAAGGCGGAUCAAAUGUGGCUUGAUCUCAUGGAAAAGACUAGAACCAAUGGUAAUGUAUCUGAAGUGCGAGAGAGUGAUGACCUAAUUGAUCUUGAAGAUGACGCGAGCAAGGCGGCCAAACUACUCAGUGGAAACGCGAGAGCCAAGAACCUACGCAGUGAAGUUUUGAGGAAUGAUGAUAGACGAAUCGAUGACAGUUUGGAGGAUGUCGAACUCUCAAGCAAAGUCUCUGCAGGUAAAUAG